CUGUCCAUCAUAGGAUGUAUCUGAGCCACCUCACUGGCUAUGUCCCUUUGGCCAUAUCCUUUGAUUUUUCAGUCUGUCAUAGUGGGGCUAAUGGAGAUAUCCCUCAGGUGUGGCUGCAGUGUCUAGACACCACGGGACAAUGCCUGCUGAGUGCUUAGCUGGGGCCCCACACCUUCCCUGUGCCCAGCACAAGGUACCUGCUGUCGUUUGGUGGCUCUGGUGUUUGCCUCCCUACUUGUCCUCAUUUCCUCCCUAUCUCCUUUCUCUACAGAGUGUAGAGUAUAGAGUCUACACCCAAUAGCUUGCCCAACUCUCUGUUUUUCUUCCCCUGCCCAAGGUUUCUCUGAGAACAUCCUGGUUUUUAACCCCCAUAUCCAGCUGCCUAGCUGCUCCUUAAUUCUUCUCAGUGUCACUGCUAAGUCAUGGGACCAGAAGGGGGUUGGUGUUUGAGCCUGAAGAGAAGAUCCAGGAAGAAAUAUCAAGCCAAUCUUGACAUACCGUGUUUGCUUCUCUUUCUCUUUUCCUCCCUUCUUUCCAAGUUGCUCUCAUUUGUGGAAGUUAACCGUGCAUUCUCAAAUAAGAAAUGGCUAUGGUAGAGUCAGAGAUGAGUCAUGGCAGCGGUCAGUUGGGGAUGACAGCUGUGAGGAGAAAGCUUUGGGACAGAGGAUGAGAGUGAACACUAACAGUCUGGCUGGGACCCCACUGCGCUCCCUAGCCCCACUGGAGUCACCAGCUAUUCCUGCCACAGUUUCGGGACCUCCUGCGUUUGCAUCAGGCCACAGCAUCCCUGACAAUGGCUACCAAGAGAAACCAGGUUACCCCAGGCCUGUCCAGGAUACCCAGCCACCAACAUCCCCAGUAGAGAACUCAGAGCAAACCCCACAGGCCAACUUCGGGGCCAUUCCGAGGAUGUCUGGUGGCUCUGUGAUGCCCUCACCUAACCCGCAAGCUCUCAGCCCUCAGCCCUCCAGAGAGCAUCCUGAGCAGGAAACAGAACUCAGUGGCACUUACACAGCAAAUGUUGACUCCGUUCCCACAUCAGCCCGUGGACCUGUGUCUCCAACAGUUUCCUUCCAGCCACUCCCACGUACUGCCAUGCGGACAAGCCACUUGCCUGGGGCCACAGUAUCAGUUCCUUCUCCUGAUACCACUGGAUCGGUGUUUGCAAAGGGAGCUGGUGACCAGGCCACGGCUGCCACCUGUCUCAGCACUAAUGAGGGAGUUCCCACCAGUUCUGUGACCACCAGCGCCGUGCCUUCUUCCACCAAGUCAGUACCAGUGAACACCAUGCCUUCCAAAGUGUCCUCCAAGUCGCCUAUCAGUGCAAAGCCCUCUACUGCAGCCACCAAUAUGGCGCCAUCAAAAUUACCCAUCAACUCAGUGUAUGCUGGCCUAGUGCCAUCCAGAGUGCCUACUAGUGUGGCCAAACCACCUGGCAGCAUGACACCACCUGAGAGGAGCAGCAGCCAAGCCAAGGAGACCUUGGAGGCUCCAGCAGCCACAGUCCCCACUGGAAGCAACCUGCCCAGACCACAUAAUAGUUCCAGGAGCUUGCCCUCUGAGCCAGAGAUGAGCAAACCAGGUGUGCUGGUAUCCCAGGUGGACAACGAGCCAUUCUCAGUGUGCUCUUUGGACCUUGCCAUCAGCCCUAGCAGCUCCUUGGCCUCAGAACCCAACCAUGGCCCAGAGGAGAAUGAGUAUUCAUCCUUUAGGAUCCAGGUGGAUGAGGUCCCCAGUGCUGACCUCCUGGCAGGAAGCUCCGGGCCACAAGCCACCCAGCAGCCCCCAGAACAGGAAGUGCUCUGUGACAGUUCUUUGCCCUGGGGUAAGUGGCUUGGAGCCACUGGUGCACUCUUGGCUGCAGUCCUGGCAGUGAUGCUGUACCGUAGUAAGCACCUGGCCCAUUGAAGCCUCAGCAAGUGCCACUCACCUGCUCAGUCCUGCCAAGCAUGCUCUCUAGGCUUGCACUGGUGGAAGCUGAGUUAGGGGAACUUAGGGAUGGUGAGGUCCACUCAGCUCUCAGGGUGGAAGCUGCAGCGAGAUGCCAUCACUAUGGGGUGGGGGAGGGACAGUGUCUCUGUCCUAGUUCAUGCCAUCUUCUGGUCUUCAGCUUUUUGGGGCACUGGAUUACCUCGUUGCUUCUGCUACCUGCUCACAUGGCAGUGUAGGAUUUUGUGCUAUGUGCCCCUAACAUCAUCCCUGUGGGCCCAAGCCUAAAGAUCAGGAGAGAUCACACUCUGUUGACAGUGCCCCUCUUCCACCUAGGCCUCCUGAAGCACAAGCACAGGAGUAUUGGUGAGAACUUCCGUAGCAUCUGCAGCCUGGCCUAAGCCCUUGUCUCUAGAGCCUAGGAGCAGUAGUGGCUGGUCUUUAGGGAGCUUUGAGCGCUCUGCCCCUCUGGUCCCCUCCAUAGCCAGGCAACCCUAAAGGAGGGUCUGGAGGUUCUUGUGACUCCAAGAAAGCCAGAAGCAGCUUCCAGGCCUGAGGAAGACCCUGGGAGCCCUGCUCCAGCCCCCUUACCAGACCCCUUCACUUCCUCUCUCCUGGUCUCUGUUCUCUUUGGCUUCCUACACUGGAUGAUGGACUCCUAGUGGGUGGGGCUCGGGCUGGGCUUGGAUUUCAGUUGCACCCUUUCUCUGGCCAUCGCAAUUGUUUAGCUUCUCUAGCCUUGUUCCCACUGUGAACAGAGGGGAGCUCUCCCUUUUGCUGAGCUCCUCUGAGAUUGAAGGAUAUAGCUGUUUGCCUCGUGCCCGGCCAGCAGGUGUGAGUACCAAGUUCUUGCCCUCCUGCCCAGCCUAAGGUGAGAACGUGAGAGGCAGAGUGCAUAAUAGUAAUUAAUGGCAGAGUCU